CGGUAUCAGGCUAGCCAGAUCUAGCUACUAGCAGUACACGAAGCAGUGGCCAAGAUUUUAUAAGAGAACAGAAAGGGGACUGGGCUCCGUGGGAAGCAAGGAACAAGAUGACGGGCAUUGGCGGCUUGGUCUUUGGGCCGCCUCCUGCUGUUGGUACUAAAUGGGGUCGUUUCUGGCGAAUUCUACGUCGCUUCUUUCGGCGUCAAGGCCGCGUUUGGUUGCCCGGGCGGCUACUUCCCAAUGGAGGUGCCUCUGCUCGACGGUUCGUGGUGCUGUGUUUCCGAAGAACUGGGAGCAAUUGGUUGUGUGGCAUGCUGUUCAACCAUGAGGAGAUCCUGAUGCACAAUGAACUUUUCAACGAAAACGGUGUUCACACAUACUACAAAUCAGAUGUACUGGCCAAUAACUGGGACUACGAAGGCCGCGAUGUCAAUCCAUCGGGGUUUCUGGACUUCAUGUUUUCGCCACACAAGUUUGCCAAGUUUCGAGUCACAAGUAAUAACAUGGAUGGUCUUCGCAGCUGCAAGGCUGUUGGGUACAAGAGCUUUCCAAAUCAUUAUCUGCAAAAGGGUGUUCCUCUUCAGCCACUAUUCAAUUGUUUUCAAGAAAAGGUCCUAGGAGAUUUGGAUGUAUGCAAAAUAAUCCUCAUUCGCAGAGAUGUCCUUCGAACGUACAUUAGUUCGCGAAGAGCCUUUGAAACAGGCCACUACAUAACACGCACUUAUCACAGUCACAAAGUUCAGGUAGACCUGGUCGAUCUUCAGCGGUUUGUGGAUCGCUACGUCGAAUGCUACAGAGAAUACAGACUGAAGACAAGGGGUCAUCCCAGAGUCUUGGUAGUUUCUUACGAAGACCUUUGCCAAGAUCCAGUGCAAACCAUGAAACCUGCCUGGAAGCUGCUGGGUGUACAAGAAAUAACGGAGCCAAAAUCACUCAGAGAAUGCGUCCCACAGAGUGCCGGUGCAUUGGCUCCACUCAGAGAGUCUAUUGUGAACUAUGAUGAGGUAGAAUAUGCCUGUCGUCAUGAUCCAGAUCUCAAUCAGUUCCUGGAUUUGAACCUGGACACCAAAAAUGACAACAUGCACAGAGCCACCAACAGCGUCACCAGCCCUCAAACAGAAGCAACCAACCCUCGUGAUGGCAAGGCGCCGUAUUGUCGUUGGGCACUUCUGAUUCCCAUUCGAGCCUCCUCGGAUGAUACCGUUGAAGACUGUCGAAGGCGAGUGCAAACCAUGUAUGAUUCCAUCCAAAACACUACGACAUCGGAAGAGAAUCUACCUCUCCUUGUCUUUGGCGUAGAUGAUGAUGACCCUAUCUAUACCGACGGGAGCCUGUUAAGAGAGGUGUGUGGUGGCGAUCGACAGGAAAUCGCGAUACAAGUCUUGUCUGGCCUCCAAGGAAGAAUUUGUCGCAUCUGGAAGUGGUUAGCGGCUGCUGCUUUUGAUGACCACGAUAUUGACUUUACCAUACUAUUGGGGGAUGACGUCGUAAUCCUGAACAAUGGGUGGCAAUCAUCCAUUGAACAGCGUUUCGCGUCCAUCGCCAGGAACCAAGAGCUGCCUUAUGGCGCGGCUUGUGUUGCCUUUUGCGACGAAUCGUUUCCAGGGUUUCCAACCUUUCCUGUCAUUCACAAAUGGCACUAUCAAACCUUUGAGGGAUCAUUGCUUCCUUCACAAUUCGACAACCAAGGUGGAGAUCCGUACCUCUUCGAACUCUAUAAGCGACUUGGGUCGUCUCAGUUUGCCCUCGACUGCAAGUUGCAAAACACCAUUGGAGGGAAACACCAAGCACGAUACACAAAGCAACGAUUGCGAUUCGAAGAUGAUAUUUUGACCGCAUCAAUCAAAUGGAUCCAAAAGGUUGUUCCUGAAAUAUUGGCGCUGCGAGCAUCCUGGCCGGUGCAGGUGAGCUUCUGGGUUGUGCUGGACAACCCCGAACACAAAGAUGGCGACAGGGUACGAGCGCUUCAGAGUGUGCAGCAGAAUUACCAGGUGAAUGUCCUGGAGCAGUUUGACGCAAAAGGACGACCUCGCAACUACGGUGCCUCGGCAGCCCGAAACUAUGGGUUGGCUCACAGCAAAGCUGAUUUUUGCGUACUGAUCGAUGACGAUUGCAUUCCCUCGGAACAGCUAUUGGAUGCCUAUGUGGGUGCAAUUCUACGAAGCCCGAAUGCAAGCGUGUUUGUGGGAUUGACGAACUUUCCGGAACCACACAAUCUACUGACCCAUGCAGUUGUCGCCAGUGAUAUUCCCGGUGCAUAUUCCAUUGCUAAACGCACCCGAGAACCUCCUUGGGGCGUGACAGCAAACUUGUGCGUCAAGGCUCGGCAGAGUCGCGUGCGCUUUGACUUGUCCUUUCCCAAGACAGGGGGAGGUGAAGACCUCGAUUACUGUGCAAGGGCAAGACUGCACGGGGUAAUCAAGUCUGCUCCUGGGGCCGCUGCACACCAUCCGUGGUGGAGAAACGGAGACAUUGGAGCUGUGUGGCAUAUUCUCUCUUGGGCCGAGGGAGAGGUGCUUUGCGUCGGGAAACAACACAUGCGUGAACACGUGUUUUGGACAUGUCCAAAUGGAGUAGAAACGAUUUUUGCCCUUACGUUGUCAUCCAUGUUGCUCCGCUACUGCCUUGGGGUGACCCAGGUCGAACCAAUUUCGGCCCGAUUUGCCGUUUCGCUUUGUGUUUUGGCACUUUGUGAGGUAGCAUGGCAAGCCAGUCGCAUUGGGGCUCAUCGCCUCCGACAUCCCGUUGCGGGAUCUUUCUGGAGGGCUCUUUUGGUUCGAUGUGUCGCAGCACUUCUAAUUCUCUCCCAGGAGUCCGUGCGAUUUCUCCAUGCCUUGGAUCAUUCGCCCUUUUGGGUACUAUGGAGAGUUGAUUGGCAUUUUGGACAAAUGCCGCAUUUGGUGAUUGCAAGAAAACGCAAUAACUUGCUCCGCUUCUUGCUCUAUACAAGUUUGAUGAUAUUCUUCAAUUUUUCGUGGCCUGCAAUUGGCUAGCAAGCAAGCUUGCCCGCUGCUGUGAUCAUCGUCAAAAAAGACUUGGACCUACCGUUGUCGGGCUUCAACAAACAAUCGCGAUCAGAUCUUCUGCUUGUUGAAAUAUGCACAUUUCAGCAUCUCCAUGCCCCGCAGCACUUGGUCCAUCGCCACGCCCAACUCCAGGGCAAAUAAAUGGCCGGCCCCACUCCCGAAUCAACACAUUUUCCAACUCCUGGACUCAGAGUUGGAUGCCAUUGUUCAUUCAUUCAAGAACUUUCUGAAUGAUGACAAAGGGAGGAGCACAGCAUUUGGCAGCCCACAACAU